GGCGGCUCCCGGGACCGCAGGAGGAGGAGAGCGCGCGCGCCGCCUGCCUGCCACCCUUUCUCUGUCUCUCCACCCCGCGGCGGGUUCUCAGUGCCACGCUCCGCCGGGAACCUCCUCCUCCCUCACUGCCUUCUCCCCCCGCCCUCCCCUCGGCGAUGUCCGCUAGGGGCAUGGAGUUGGCCGGACCCUAUAAAAGCCCCUGACAAGAACCCGAGCGCCACCACCACCGCCGGGCAAGCAAGAGCCAGGAAGAGCUGGCACGGCCGGCAACACCACUAGCGCAGCAGCGGCGGCGGCGGCGGCGGAGGAACCCGGGCACAGCUGAGCCAUCACCAUGUCCUGGGGUUACGGCAAGGACAACGGACCUGCUCACUGGCAUGAGAGCUGCCCCAUUGCCAAUGGACAAAGGCAGUCACCAAUUGACAUACAACAUAAAUCUUCCAAGUACGAUCCCUCCCUGAAGUCCCUGAGCAUCAGUUAUGAUCCAUCUGCAGCCAAAAGCAUAGUCAACAAUGGGCAUUCCUUCAAUGUGGAGUUUGAUGACUCUGGUGACAAAUGUGUGCUAAAAGGUAGUCCAGUUGAGGGAACUUAUAAGCUACGUCAGUUUCACAUUCAUUGGGGAUCCUGUGAAGGCCAAGGCUCUGAACACACUGUGGAUGGGGUGAAAUAUGAUGCAGAGCUUCAUUUGGUUCACUGGAACACAAAGUACAGUAGUUUUGAUGAAGCUGUGAAGCAUCCUGAUGGAUUGGCUGUUGUGGGUGUGUUUUUGAAGGUAGGAAGCGCCUGUCCUGGAAUACAGAAAGUUGUUGAUGCACUGGACACCAUUAAACACAAGGGCAAACAGGCUGCCUUCACAAACUUUGAUCCAAUUGGUCUGCUUCCUGCCUCCCAUGAUUUCUGGACUUAUCUAGGAUCACUGACCACUCCUCCUUUGCUUGAAUGCGUUAUCUGGAUUGUACUGAAGGAGCCUGUAACUGUCAGCAAGGAACAGAUUGACAAACUCCGCUGCCUUUGUUUCAGUGAUGAGCAUGAGCCUCGUUGUGCCAUGGUUGACAACUGGCGGCCUUGUCAACCCUUGAAGAGCAGACAAGUUAGAGCCUCAUUCCAAUAAGCUGUGCCCAUUAAACAUUGCUGAGUCCUUGAGGGUUGAGUUCUUUCUGCUAAGCACAAAUCAAACGACUGCCAUAUUACAUGCACCGGCAACAUUUCUUUUCCGCCUAGUGCUUUCUUUUCUUCCUAUCAUCUUCUGAAGUUUAUAAUAAUGAAGGCCAUAAAGUGUGAGUGUGUUUGCAGAGUGCAGUGUGUGCGUGUCUGAGAGGGUAAGAGGGCAGGGGAGGAGAAUCAUGGUGUGAUGCUUGAUGAGAAUUGCUGUGAUUUUGGUGCUGAUGCUGAAAUAGGAUAUCUUUCUUUGGCAGCUUGCCAAGGGAUAGGAUGAUAAGCAACAGAAAAUAAGCCAUUUUUAAAAAUAACAAAGUAACCUCAUAGAAUAUAUGAGGUUAAAAGUACUCAGUAACUUGAAUCUUUCAUGGAAGCGCAGGAAUGCAAUCUAAUACAGACAUUUUACAUCUGAUUUAGGUGAAUACGUUGUAUCAACAUAGGCAUUAAAAUGCAAAAUUAAUAUUGGAGAUUAAAAAAGUUUGAAGUGUACAUAUUUUAAUUGUUUUACAUUUUUAGCCAUAAAUCUGAAUCAUGUCUUAAUGAUGGUGUAUUUUAUUUUUUUAAUUACAAAGUGUGAACUGGCCUAAAUUAAGUACUAUUAUGUGUAAAAAUUGUUGAUACCAUAGCUAUAAUACAGAGUAUUGUUCCACUGAAGAAUAAUGUCAUAAAUAAGGAAUUAAUACUUAUUUUAGAUACAUUAAUAAAUAUAUAUAUAUAUA